CGCGCGGGGGCGGCCGGGCCGGUGUUGCUGCCUCACCGCCUGUGUCGGGCCGCCGCCGCCGCCAUGAAGGACGUGCCGGGUUUUCUGCAGCAGAGCCAGAGCUCGGGGCCGGGCCAGGCGGCCGUGUGGCACCGCCUGGAGGAGCUCUACAAUAAGAAACUCUGGCACCAGUUGACUUUGCAAGUUUUGGACUUUGUUCAGGAUCCUUGCUUUGCCCAAGGAGAUGGACUCAUCAAGCUUUAUGAGAACUUCAUCAGUGAGUUUGAACACAGGGUGAACCCUUUAUCCUUGGUAGAGAUCAUUCUUCAUGUAGUUAGACAAAUGACAGAUCCUAAUGUGGCCCUUACUUUUCUGGAAAAGACUCGGGAAAAGGUAAAAAGCAGUGAUGAAGCUGUCAUUUUGUGUAAAACAGCCAUUGGAGCGCUCAAGCUGAAUAUUGGAGACCUGCAGGUCACAAAGGAGACCAUUGAGGAGGUCGAGGAGAUGCUGAAUAAUCUCGCUGGGGUGACUUCAGUUCACAGCCGUUUCUAUGAUCUCUCCAGCAAGUACUACCAGACGAUUGGGAACCAUGCUUCUUACUAUAAGGAUGCUCUGCGGUUUCUGGGAUGCAUUGAUGUUAAGGAUCUGCCAGUAUCAGAGCAGCAGGAGAGAGCCUUUACCCUGGGACUGGCUGGGCUUUUGGGAGAAGGUGUUUAUAACUUUGGGGAGCUGCUCAUGCACCCUGUCCUGGAGUCCCUGAGAAACACUGAUCGGCAGUGGCUGAUUGAUACACUUUAUGCCUUCAAUAGUGGUAAUGUAGAGACAUUUCAAGCUCUAAAGUCAGCAUGGGGUCAGCAGCCAGAUCUGGCAGCAAAUGAAGCACUUCUGCUGCAGAAGAUUCAACUGCUAUGUCUUAUGGAGAUGACUUUCACCCGACCAGCCAAUCAUAGACAGCUCACUUUUGAGGAGAUUGCUAAGAGUGCCAAAGUCACUGUGAAUGAGGUGGAACUGCUGGUGAUGAAGGCUCUCUCAGUAGGAUUGGUAAAAGGCAGUAUUGAUGAAGUGGAUAAGAGGGUGCACAUGACAUGGGUACAACCACGUGUGUUGGAUUUACAACAGAUCAAAGGGAUGAAAGACCGCCUGGAGUUCUGGUGCACAGAUGUGAGGAGCAUGGAGAUGUUGGUAGAGCACCAAGCCCAUGACAUCCUAACAUAGAAGACCUUACGCUGCCCUGAGAGAGUAAUUUUUACUGCUGCUGAUGCUAGCAGCACUCAGACCACUGACUCUGUACUGAAUUAUAUUGAAGGGGGGUGGGGGGCAGAGGAGAGAGCAGCUUUUUGAUGCUUGUACGGAGGAGUAAGUGGCCUUUUGCUGUGUAACCCUUUGGUGCUUGGAGUCAAGAUUUCCCUAUGAGCUUACACUAGUGGCACUGACCGUGGGAGCUCCUGUCCUGUUGUCAUCAAAGGAGGACAAAGGCUCCAAAGAGUGACUGAUUUAUCAAUCUUGCUAUUGAACUCUUGUGAGAGGAUGUAAUGCUGGUUAUGUGCUACAAGAGCGGAGGCUGUUUUUGGGAGGAUGUGAUGCUGGUUACAUGCUACGGAAGUGGAGGCUAUUUGCCUGGUAAAGGUGUGGCAGAAGCUCCUCUAUUAAAAAAAAAAAAAAAAGGAAGAAAAGAAAAAAGAAAGAGUUCUAGAGAGGUGCCUGACCAUUGUAUGUGGUAUUACUUAGUAGUAUUGACCUUAGGAGGGCAUGACCUUUCCCUGGUAACCUCUCCUUCCCUGCCCUUGCAGCAGCCCAAAGGCAGCAUUACUGAAACCAUCUUUCUCCUUUUGCCCUCUUUCUCCACAACCCUUCCUCCUCAUUUGCAGUAGAGGGAGUGUUUACUCCAUCAAAGGGUUUUUUCCAGGAUUACAGUAUAGUGGAUUUAUUUGUUUUUAUAUACUUUUGGGGGUUGUUGUCUUUUAUGAACACUUUAUGCUAAAGUGAGGUGCAGCAAUAUUGCUGGAAUAAACUUCUCUGCCUUCCCUUU